AUGAAGACAAGUAAUCCCGACACCGAAAAAGCAAUGACCGAACACCUUGAGAAGGCCAUUCUGGCACCGCACGAGUCCGAUGGAGAUGAACUUGCGCCUUCCGAGGAAAAGAAUAUUGUUCGCAAAAUUGAUCGUCGUUUGAUCACAGCACUUGGUCUCAUGUUCGCGGUGUCUUUGAUGGACCGAACUAACCUUGCUUCUGCAAAUAUUGCUGGGAUGUCCAAGGAGCUCGAACUGGAUCAAGGGUUUCGCUAUUCACUGAGCAUCAUCAUGUUCUUUGUUCCGCAUGUUAUGUGUCAAUGGCCCAGUGCCAUCCUUGUGCAGAAGUUAGGUCCGCGUAUCUUUCUACCGGGUGCUGUUCUCCUAUGGGGAAUCAUAAUGCUCUGCUUUGGCUUCGUAAAGAACUGGAAGCAGCUUGUUGCUCUUCGGGUCCUUGUUGGCAUUUUUGAGGCUGGAUUGCUCCCUGGAACAAUUCUUCUCCUGCAAAUGUGGUAUCGCCGUUAUGACGUGCAUAAACGAUACGCAUCUUUCUAUUUGAUUAGCUUGGCAGGAUCUUCCUUUUCAGGUGUCCUUGCCUACGGAUUCAUGCAGAUGAAUGGUGUCGGAGGUCUGUCGGGGUGGAGGUAUAUCUUUAUCUGGGAGGGGGUACUAACGUGUUUGAUUGGGGUAAUUGGCGCGCUAUUGAUUGUCGACUUCCCCCAGAAGGCACAGAAUAGUUGGAGGUUUCUUAGUCCCCAAGAAAUUAAACACAUCAUUCGAAUCCUCGAAAGCGACCGACCGGACGUCAAAGAAGAGCCCUUCAGUUGGCGCAGCUUUUUGACGCCAGCACUGGAUCUAAAGAUUUGGGGCUAUUGCUUCAUUUUCUAUGCCAACACUGUGAUCGCGUAUGCGAUCGCCUUUUUCUUGCCAAUUAUUUUGAAUAGAGAAAUGGGAUUCGAUGUCGGUAUAUCACAAGUGCUAAGCACUCCGCCUUACCUGUUUGCUGCUGCAUUCAUGUUUUUCGAGGGCUGGUUGGGUGAUAAGUAUCGCUCCCGGGGUCCUUUGAUUAUAUGGAACUGCCUACAGAGCAUUUGCGGCUUGUGUCUUAUGGCCUGGACUAAAUCAUCAGGGAUCCAGUAUUUUGGUGUUUUUCUUGUCACUGCAGCUUCACAAAGUUCGCUCCCAUGUGUGAUGGCAUGGCAGGCGAACAAUGUCUGUGGGCAGUGGAAGCGAUCUUUUUCAAGCGCCAGUAUGGUGAUAUUUGGAGGCACAGGCGGCAUUACUGGCGCAUUGGUCUUUAGAUCUCAGGAUGCUCCAAAAUACCUCCCUGGUAUAUAUGCUUGUCUAACUUGUUGCGUUUUUACUAUGUUACUAGUGGGAGGGCUGUCUGUACAACUCAAGAGGCUAAAUAAGAAAGCUUCUCAAGAAGAAAAGGCUCUCGAAGGAGUACCGGGAUUCCAAUAUACUCUAUAG